GCUGCGGGAGAAGGGAGGGACCAAAGGAGAGAGCGGAGCAGCCUCCCGGCCCACUUCGCCGACUAAGCAGAAGAAAGAUCAAAAAACGGAAAAGAGGAGAAGAGCAAACAGGCACUUUCAGGAACAGUCCCGUCGCCUCCAAGCCGACCGCGCUCUGGGGAUCAAGUUCGGCGCCUCUCGGAGACAAAGGCGCCCGCGGGAGCGGCGCGGACCCCAGGCGCGGGCUCCGCCUGGAGCCGCACGGCCGGCUCCCCGACGUCUCGGACCAUGUCUUCCGCCCCCCGCGGCGCCCGCAGCCUGCUGCUCCCCCUGCUCACGCUCGGGACUGUGGGGCUGCAGAUGUACCCCCUUGGCCAAGUGGGGGUGCUCUACACCACACCCCUCUCACUCCAGGCCUGGCUGCAGCAGUAUGGCUACCUGCCCCCCGGGGACCUCCGUACCCACACACAGCGCUCACCUCAGUCCCUCUCAGCUGCCAUCGCUGCCAUGCAGAGGUUCUACGGUCUGCGGGUGACAGGCAAGGCUGAUGCAGACACCACGGAGGCCAUGAAGCGCCCCCGCUGUGGUGUUCCAGACAAGUUUGGGGCUGAGAUCAAGGCCAAUGUUCGGAGGAAGCGCUACGCCAUCCAGGGCCUUAAGUGGCAGCAUAAUGAGAUCACUUUCUGCAUCCAGAAUUACACCCCCAAGGUGGGCGAGUAUGCCACAUUUGAGGCAAUUCGCAAGGCCUUCCGCGUGUGGGAGAGUGCCACACCACUGCGUUUCCGAGAAGUGCCCUAUGCCUACAUCCGAGAGGGCCAUGAAAAGCAGGCCGACAUCAUGAUCUUGUUUGCGGAGGGUUUCCAUGGCGACAGCACACCCUUUGAUGGUGAGGGCGGCUUCCUGGCCCACGCCUACUUCCCAGGCCCCAACAUUGGCGGGGACACCCACUUUGACUCCGCUGAGCCCUGGACUGUCCGGAAUGAGGAUCUGAAUGGGAACGACAUCUUCCUGGUGGCUGUGCAUGAGCUGGGCCAUGCCCUGGGCCUGGAGCACUCCAACGACCCAUCGGCCAUCAUGGCACCCUUUUACCAGUGGAUGGACACAGAGAACUUUGUGUUGCCUGAUGAUGACCGCCGGGGCAUCCAGCAACUCUACGGGAGUGAGCCAGGGCUACCCACUAAGAUACCCCCUCAACCCAGGACUACCUCCCGGCCCUCUGUCCCUGAUAAGCCCAAAAACCCCACCUAUGGGCCCAACAUCUGUGACGGGAACUUUGACACCGUGGCCAUGCUCCGAGGGGAGAUGUUUGUUUUCAAGGAGCGCUGGUUCUGGCGAGUGAGGAAUAACCAAGUGAUGGAUGGAUACCCGAUGCCCAUUGGCCAGUUCUGGAGGGGCCUGCCUGCCUCCAUCAACACUGCCUACGAGAGGAAGGACGGCAAAUUUGUCUUCUUCAAAGGAGACAAGCACUGGGUGUUUGACGAGGCUUCCCUGGAACCUGGCUACCCCAAGCACAUCAAGGAGCUGGGCCGAGGGCUGCCAACUGACAGGAUUGAUGCCGCGCUCUUCUGGAUGCCCAACGGAAAGACCUACUUCUUCCGGGGAAACAAGUACUACCGCUUCAAUGAGGAGUUCCGGGCAGUGGACAGCGAGUAUCCCAAAAACAUCAAAGUCUGGGAAGGGAUCCCCGACUCUCCCAGAGGGUCGUUCAUGGGCAGCGAUGAAGUCUUCACGUACUUCUACAAGGGGAAUAAAUACUGGAAAUUCAACAACCAGAAACUGAAGGUGGAGCCGGGCUACCCCAAGUCGGCGCUGCGGGACUGGAUGGGCUGCCCGUCGUCAGGGGGCAGGCCAGACGAGGGGACUGAGGAGACGGAAGUGAUCAUCAUCGAGGUGGAGGAGGAGGGCGGCGCAGCCGUGAAUGCGGCCGCUGUGGUGCUGCCAGUGUUGCUGCUGCUCCUGGUGCUGGCAGUGGGCCUCGCAGUCUUCUUCUUCAGACGCCACGGCACCCCCAAGCGACUGCUGUACUGCCAGCGUUCCCUGCUGGACAAGGUCUGACCCCCACCGCCCGCCCACCCACUCGUACCACGAGGACUUUGCCCUGAAGGCCGCCGCAGCAGGUGGUGGUGGGUGGGCAGCUCCUACCCGUCCUGAGCCCUGUCCCCCCUGCCUUCCGUCUCUUCCCGGCCUCUCCCACCCUUGCCCUGGUGUUGCUUCUUCCCUGCGUGGGGCCCCUGAGGCUGAGCAGGAAGGCGCCCCUUCCAGCCUCGGGCACUCGGGGAGCCCCGUAGCUUUGUGUGUGUCCAGCCCCAUCUGAAUGUCUGGGGGCUCUGCACUUGAAGGCAGGACCCUCAGGCCUCACUGGUGAAGGUCGAAUGGGGUCAUCUGCUCCUUCCCUAUCCCCCGACUUACCUUACACCUCUGGACUCUGACCUCAGGAGGCUCUGAGCACUCCAGCCCUGCAGGCCCUGGUGCACACAGUCAGCAGCCUCCCACCACUGUUUGCUAAAAGGAAUCCAAUCUUGGUGGCAGAGACCCUGAGGGAGAUGGGGGAAAGGACUACUCCGCCAUCUUAAGACCGAGGAGGAAAUCUCAAAAAGGGCCUUGGUGGCCUGAGCAGUCGCUUUCCUCUCCAUGAAGAUCUGCCUCUGCCCACCCGGCCCUGGAGAGCGUCUGCAGAAGGAGCCUGAGCCAUUAAGGACGAGCUGGGCCGUAAACCCCUUGGCAGCCCCAGCCCCACUCAGAUGUUAGCCUUGGAUGGGGACUUCGAGGUUGGAAGAGCUGAAGCCAGGCAUAUGGCCCAGGCUGGAGUGGGCCAAGUGGAGGACCAGGGCUGCAGCCUGGGGCGUUGGCCCAGUGGCCACAGACAGAGCCUCGCUGAAAUGGCAGGCCUCUGGGGCCAGGUCUGAGGCAGAGCCGUCAGAGGGGGUGGAAGGGAUGGAAGGGGGGCGGCAGCGGUGGGGCCGGGCCAGGCUGAGCAGGCCGUGGGCUGGGCCGAGGUGCCCAGGGGAGGGUGCGUGUCACUGCAGCUCUCAGGAAGGGCCCUGAAGAACACACCUGGCUCCUCUUGGUCCCCUUCUUGCUGACUAGACAGCAUGGGGGUGGGCGGGAGGCCCAGAGGCGGGAGCCAAGGAGGCAGGCAUGCCGGGGCUGGGGACAGGGGCCUUACUGAGAGGCCCGAGGACACUCUGGGCCUGCGGGCGGGCGGGCGGCCUCAGCCCAGUGGUACUCUGAGGUGGGCCGGCCUUCACUGCUCUCCUCAGCCCCACCCGGGCUCUGCCCCCCAGCCCAUGGCGUGGAGUCCCCUUUGGCCACCACAGGUGGCCAUGGUACCUGGGACUUGGGAGAGUGUGACCCUGUGUUGGCGGAGAGGAGAGGGGUGUUGGGGGUGGGGUGUGGGGUAGGGAAAUGGGGUGAACGGUGCUGGAAGUUCGGCUAAAUUUCUGUCUUGUUUGUUUUUUUGUCUUGUUUAAUGUAUAUUUUUAUUAUAAUUAUUAUAUAUGAACUCCAUUCAAGUCGUUCCUUUUUGUUAAGGGGCAUGGGGGUGUGGGAGGGAGGGAGGCAGAGGCACCUGACCCCAGGAACCUGCGGGGCGGGGCGGGGUCAGUGCCCUCUAAGGACAUUUUUGACUUUGUUCAACCUCUCCACGAAGAAUAAACUGUCUCACGUUCUCGG